UAACCACGAGCCCGACGCUCACUACAGUAACCUUUUCCCGGAGUGGAGGCCCGGCUUUGAGGGGCCUCGGCCACAUCUCCUUCAUGCAUCGGCUGGGCAAGCGCGAUCGGUCGCGGCACGCCGACCUGGUUGCAGAGGAGGAGGCGUCGCAGGCGCUGGAUCGCGCCCGCGCCGCCGCCUCUGCGCUGCGAUGGCGCGUCUCGGCGCCUCCUCUGCUCCUCGGCGCCAUCUGCAUCGCGUUUGUUGGCGCGUCUUACUUUGCAAGAGUGAGCGGCGAGUCUGCUCUGCACCUACGCCGCUCCACGUACGGCCCCUUCAUGUUCGGUGGCGGCGUCCUCCUCGCCCUCGCCGUCCUCCCGACGGACGAGGCGCUGCUGCGGCUCAUUGCGUUGAUCGCCGUCCCUUCUUUCCUCGCUCUCGCCCUCCUCAACGCUCGCGUCGGCAGGUCUAACCUCGACGAAGCUCAGCUCUCCUCCUGCGGCAUCGCCUCGGUGCCGCUGCUCUGCGCCGUCGACUGGCUCGUCGCCGCCGCGCUCUACUUGUCGGUCGCGCUGUACCUGAUGCCGACGCUGCUGCCCGCACGGGAGUGGUCCCCCCUCUCCUCGCGGCGCAGCGAGUCGCGCACGCGAAGCAGCGAGUCGCACUUCGCUUCGGGUAUGGCCGCUGCUUCCGCCACUCGGCUUUGGGUGUGACCAACGCCUCGUAGCAGCACGUGCGUGUGGACAGGCCGCUCCUUUCGCGACUCGAUGCGCAAGCCGUCGGUCUGGGCGCUGCCGCCGCGG